AUAGUCUUGGAAGCACGAAUAGUGAAGUUAUGACUGUGUCAUAUCUGAGCCAGCAUCUCAGUCCAGGAAGUAGAUGGUGACCCUGGAUGAUGCCUGAACAAAGUUGGAGCUAUCCUAUUGAUUACAUCAGUGUUUCUCAACCUUUUUUCAGUUAAGGCACCCUUUAAAAUUAUGGAUAGUCCCGAGGCACCCUUUAAAAUUAUGGAUAGUCUUGAGGCACCCUUUAAAAUUAUGGAUAGUCUUGAGGCACCCUUUAAAAUUAUGGAUAGUCUUGAGGCACCCUUUAAAAUUAUGGAUAGUCUUGAGGCACCCUUUAAAAUUAUGGAUAGUCUUGAGGCA